CGAGGGUUGCCAUGGAAACGGGAGGACUGCCGCUGGUUUCUACGUUCGCUCUACUCACUAUAGUCGCAGGUCAGAUGCAGGGGUCAGGCUAUAGCGAGGUGGAGCCGGAAUUUCUCUCCCCGUUGGAAAAUACUACCGUCGCACAAGGGUGGGACGUUCAUUUUACUUGCACCGUCAAUCAUCUAGGUGCAUAUAAGGUGGCCUGGAUCAAAUCAGACACAAAAACAAUCUUAGCAAUACACACGCAUAUGGUGACCCUCAACCCAAGGCUGUCAGUCACACAUAAUGGCCACAACACUUGGAAGCUGUACAUCAGCAACGUGAAACCCAAAGAUUCUGGCACUUAUAUGUGCCAGAUAAACACCGACCCUAUGAAAAGUCAGACGGGUCAUCUCUCGGUAGUUAUACCACCUGACAUAGCAGAUGACGACAGUUCUGAGGCGGGUGCACCCGAAGGUGGUUCCGUUGACCUUCGAUGUACUGCGACUGGCGUACCGGAGCCGAAAGUUACAUGGAAGAGGACCGAAGGACGCAACAUCGUGUUCCGUGACGAAAAUGGGAAAGAAAUAGAAGUUAUGGCGAACUACACGGGGUCAACCCUCUCCCUAAAAGGUCUCAAGCGAACUGAUAUGGGCACGUACUGGUGUAUCGCUUCGAACGGAAUCCCUCCGACCAAGACCCGUCGCUACGAGGUUUCUGUAUAUUUCGAGCCAAUCGUUCGCGUAGCAAGUUUGGUUGUGUGGCGCGGUGCGGGCAUGCAAGUUACUCUACAAUGCUACGUAGAGGCUUCAUCGAAGUCACUCACAAUGUGGCAACGUGGAAAAUCGCAGAUGGGUGCAAAGUUGCUGAAUAGUUCGAAGUACAUUAUAUCGGAGGAUUUUCUGAACGAAUACGCGAUGCGCAUGAACUUGACGAUAAACCGCCUCGAGAAAAAUGACUUCGGAGAAUAUACUUGCUCCGCAUCAAAUGCAUAUGGAAAAGCUAAUGCCACUAUUAUACUAAAAGAAACACCGCAAAAGACGACCACAACAACAACAACAACAACGACAACAACCACGACAACAACUACAGAGCGCACGACAACUGCAUCGGCAACAACAACGCGGCCAUCGAAGCGACACUUCAAGAAGCAACCAGACUGGAACCAGAAUGCUCUUGACAUAGAAUCUUCAUAUGGAGUCAACAACGCAUACAAUUCGUACAAUGUGAAUGCAUACGGACCGGCAAAUAGUACCCAUAAUGAAUACGCUCAACGGACCGAGAGACAGAAAGUACGGCCGUCCGGUCCGCCUCGGCAUUACGUCGUGUACAACAGAGGCACAUACUAUUACACGCCUGUGUUUAUCAUUAUCAUAACUGUAUUGAUUGUAUAAACAAUAAUUUAUUUUUAUACAUUUCUUUUCGUAUUAGGUGAUAAAAAUAUGGCUGUUGAAAUUUUAGAAUGUAACGUAAAGGGGGUUGUUGUAAGCGAUUUAGUUACUUCCCAGUGUUGACAUUGUUAUGUAAAUGAAAUCAGUCGUUAAUAUUAAUUAGUAAAUAUCAGCUUUA